CAAAACUAGUCUAAUUUGUUUGUCUUCCUUCCUCUUCUACUCUCGCCGCAACCAAACACACCUGUUGUCCCCCGUGUUCCUAAGAGAAGAAGAGAUUCUGUUGGCGCCUUUUCGUCGAUCCCAACCCCCAUAUUUCCUUCCAAGAUUCCACCCAUUAUCACCCCUAAAAAUUCCUCUCCUCUUUUUUAAAUGCUAUUUAUACAUUAUUUAUAGCUUUAUUAGUCGUCCUUUGACUUGCAGUUUGUCCUUCUCUGUAAUGGCUUCGGAACAGCAGUUAUCAACAAUUAAGGGUUCAAAAGUGUUGAUGGUGGGCGCUGGUGGCAUCGGCUGCGAGCUUCUCAAAACCCUUGCACUAUCUGGCUUCCAAGACAUUCAUAUUAUUGACAUGGACACCAUUGAAGUGAGCAACCUAAAUAGGCAAUUCUUGUUUAGGCAGUCCCAUGUUGGGCAAUCUAAGGCUAAAGUUGCUCGGGAUGCUAUAUUGAAAUUUAGGCCCGGCAUUAGCAUAACACCAUACCAUGCCAAUGUCAAAGAUCCUGACUUCAGUGUUGAUUUUUUUAAGCAAUUCAAUGUUGUUUUGAACGGGCUUGACAAUUUAGAUGCUAGACGACAUGUAAACCGCCUUUGCUUGGCAGCUGGGGUUCCAUUGGUCGAAAGUGGGACCACCGGAUUUCUAGGACAGGUUACUGUACAUGUAAAGGGCAGAACUGAGUGUUAUGAAUGCCAGCCUAAACCGGCUCCAAAAACUUACCCUGUGUGUACUAUCACCAACACUCCAUCGAAGUUUGUUCACUGUAUUGUAUGGGCAAAGGACCUGCUUUUUGCAAAGUUAUUCGGGGACAAAAAUCAGGAACAUGAUUUGAAUGUGCACUCCAAAGAUGGUUCUAGCUCAUCAAAACAAACAAAAGACGUUUUUGAACGGGAAAAGGAGGAAAACAUAGAACAAUAUGGAAAGAGAAUAUAUGAUCAUGUUUUUGGUUAUAACAUUGAGUUAGCUUUGUCAAAUGAAGAGACAUGGAGAAAUCGUAACAAGCCAAGGCCUAUUUAUGUCAGAGAUGUAUUUUCCUCUGAACUUGCUAGUCAAAAUGGAAAUCUGCACAAGUGCUUAAAUGGUGAUCCUCCCUCAUUGUCUGCAACGGCGUCUUUGGGUUUGAAAAAUCCACAGGAUCUAUGGUCCUUAAAGGAAAAUUCUAAAGUAUUUCUUGAGGCUCUGAAGUUGUUUUUCUCAAAGCGAGAAGAGGAGAUUGGUAACUUGAGUUUUGACAAAGAUGAUCAGUUAGCUGUAGAAUUUGUAACUGCUGCUGCAAAUAUCCGGGCUUCUUCUUUUGGGAUUCCCCUUCAUAGUCUUUUUGAGGCUAAAGGUAUUGCUGGCAAUAUAGUGCAUGCUGUUGCAACAACAAAUGCUAUUAUUGCUGGGUUAAUUGUGAUCGAAGCGAUCAAGGUGCUGCAACACGAUGUUAAAAACUAUCGGAUGACUUAUUGUCUUGAGCAUCCUUCAAGAAAGAUGCUUCUUAUGCCAGUAGAGCUGUCUGAGCCAAACAAAUCAUGCUAUGUCUGUUCCGAGACACCUUUGGAUCUUGAGAUUAAUACACAUCGCUCGAAGCUGAGGGAUGUUGUUGACAAGAUUGUGAAAACAAAGUUAGGCAUGAAUUUGCCUUUGAUCAUGCAUGGAUCAGCCCUUCUGUAUGAGGUUGGUGAUGAUCUUGAGGAAGACGAGGUUGCCAAUUAUGCAGCAAACCUUGAAAAGGUACUAUCCAAACUUCCUGCUUCGGUCACUAGUGGGACUAUUCUCACUGUUGAGGAUCUUCAGCAAGAGCUGAAAUGCAGCAUCAAUAUCAAGCAUAGGGAGGAGUUUGACGAGGAGAAGGAAUCUGAUGGAAUGAUUCUCUCGGGAUGGACACCACCUCGCUCAGCAGAAAAGAAUGGCAAUACAACUGUGGACAAUGAAGUGAGCACAUCCAGUGCAUCUAAAGCUGUUCCCCUAGUGGCCGAAGACGAUGAUGAUUUGCAAAUUAUUCCAACAAUAACUGGGAAGAAAAGAAAGCUAUCCAAAGUUUCCAAUGAAACGAAGAAUAAAAGAAAAGCAGCAGAACUCCAUAGCAAGAACGAUGUUGUCAUGCUUGACGAUGAUAAUUCUGAUAUGAGCAAGAAGAAGAGGGAGCAAUAGCUAGUUUUUAUUUUUCCUUCAAGUCUUAUUUCAUUAGAAUAUUUCACCCUAACUUUAUACACAACCGGGAACGGUGAUUCUAGAAAGACCUCCAGGAAUGUUUUUGUUUAGGUAGCUUAAAUUUUUUAAUAUAAGGUGUGUGUUCUAACUUUUAAUGGAUUGGGAGGGUCUGAACAUUGUAACUUUUGGGCAGUAGGAUUUUGUAAUGUUUGUGUAAAAAAGAAAAAAGAAAAAAAUUGGGAGCUGGGGAUAUAAAGUAUGGUUGUAUUUUCAGUAGGAUAUUAUCGUGUUUGUGUACGAAAAGAUUGGCAAGGGGAAAUCUUGAUAAUUUGGCA